AAGCUUCCAGUUGAACGUCAACCUUCCGUUUGUUUACAAUAGCACCGCCGCUGCAAUGCGUAACUAACCUCUUGGAAAACAAAAAUAUACUAACUAGUUGUGGUAUUUGAGAAAAAAGUACAAGAUUUUUGAGGAAACUGGACUUGGAGCCACGUGAAACGGCUCACCUAAAUAUAAUAACCAGGGCACCAAUAGCAAACCAAUUUAUUACUCGAAGGAGGUGACAAGAAUUAAUCUGGAGUGGUAAAAUGAUAGAGAGAUACGUCUGCUUAUUCUCUUUGGUGCUGAUUAUAAUGAUGCUAGCUAACCAGGCACUAAGCAGCUACAAGACUAACUUUGUGUUUCCUGAGUUCCCCUACAAGGAUACCAAUAAAAAUGAGGUGAUGUUCAGAGAAUUUGAGUCCGCCUGCGAGCAAAACCCGAACUGCUCAAAUUUGAAAGGAUUGGCUCGAGUGAAAUGUGUCAGAGAAUGUAUUUCGCCAUCUUGCUACUAUCAAAUCUACUACCAGGAUGAGCUUGAAGAAGGCGAAAUAGAUGUGAGAUUGAACUCCUUCAAGGGAUGCUUCAUUCGCAACAAUGGAAGACAUCGAUAGGUCCUUCUGGAUGAUAGAAUAUUUUUAAUUUCAAAUGAACAAUCAUUACUCAUAAAAUAAUUCUAGUCUUUUAAAUAUCAGAAACUGAACUAUUCAAUAUAUGACUAUCAAACAAACAAUGAAAGCCUUAUAAUAAAACCUUGAUGGAAAUUAUUACCUACAUUGGA